AAAAUUAGUAAAACAAAAACACAGUUUUUCUUCCUUUUUUAUCGAUCAUUUCAAAGCUCUGUUUUUUGCUGAAACAAAUCCUUUCUUCGUCAUCAUCUUCUUCUCCUUCAUCCCGAAAAUGGGUUCAUCUCAACGCUUGUUCAACACAGAAAUAACUCUUCACGAGAUCCUUGGAAGUGGUCAAGUUGCAGACUUGAUACUAUUGGAGGAAGAUGAAUCAAAUUGGGAUGAUAUUGUUGGUGACAUCAGCGGCUUUUGUUGUUUUUGAGAGAACUAGGUAUACCCUUUUGUCUCUUGUUUCUAAUGUUCUUAAUGUUCUUAUUCUCUUUGUUAUUAUUCUUUUUAUUUGGGCUAAAUCAGCAUCAAUUCUCAAUAGGUAAAUAAAUAAAUACUUAUACAUUUAUGUUUGAAUACUCUCCAGUGCCACUUCAUGUGUUGAGUUAGUCCAUGUAGAGCAAAAUGCUAGCUUAAAUUGGCUCCUCGAUAGUGUCCCUUAGAUUAGUCGGUCAUUGAACUGGAUACGGAGUCUUAAAAAAGACUUUAUUGUGAUGUCUGAACCAUAAGGGCUUGCUUGAUUUGGCUUAUUUGAGCUUAUAUAUUAAGAUAUAAACUUGUGAAACUCUUCUUUGAGUGAGCUUCUGAAAACAACGUAGGAAUGUCUUUAAGUUGUUUUCAACUUAUAUCCUUAAACUCUCUAGUUCUCUAGAAUAGCUUAUGAAAACAAUCUAUAACUUAUAUGAAAACUAUUUGACUUUAUUUUACGGUUUGUUAUAGAAAUAGCUUAUAAUACAUAAGCACUUAUAUGAUAGGGCUUUAUAUUAUAAACACUUAAUUAAGUUGUAUAUCCGUGAUGAAUUGUAAAAGGGUUUAUUGAUCAUUGAGAUCUUCAAAUUUAGACAUUCAUUAUGAUCUAGAAUUGUAAAAUAUUUGUAUUGUUUUUUCAUUUUUGGUUUAUUUGGUACAUAGCCAUUUGUUUUAAUGGAAAAAAGUUGUAUGAUUUGGAGGUUGAAGUUUGUGUAACAUGUAUAUUGUAUGCUUAAACUGUAUAUGCAAAUGGAGUUUGUAGAUUAUACAUUCUUAGCUGUUGAAGAUUUAAGAAAUAUGAUGAAUAGUUUUAAAACUUAAUGCUCUUUGUGCAACGGUAGUGUAAGUCUGCAAUGAUGUUUACUGUUUAGACUUGGUUUAUAGAUUGUAGAGACAAUAGUUAUCAGGGAUUUGGAUUCUGUGUAGUAACCGUGUGAUCCGAUAAUUGCAUGACGUAGUUAUUGAUUUUGACUUUCUGAUCUCAAAUAAACGGUGAAGAUAAUUUUAAGUUAAUUUGUUAAAGUUGUAAUGUGAGCCAACUGAUCUCAAAAUCGGCGUCGGAGAUCAAUCAAUGUGUGCAACUGAUGUAACACCAAGUCUUAAUUCUUAAAGUGCCAUGAUUAGGGUACUAUCACAUCAAUCCUCCAAAGAAUUCUAUCACCAAAAUUAGUCUCCUCAAUGAUUAGGUGUCAUCGUAUCAAUCCUCUAAAAAUUUUGUUACAAAAUUAGUUCCUCAAACCUCCUUACGCCCAAGAUGGGACAUCUAGAGUGUAAUCCAAGUCACCGCAGGUGGCCCAACGAAUUUUGAAUAGGCUCUGAUAUCAUCUUAAAAUUUGAAAGUCUAGGCUGGUUUCUCAAGAUAUUGCACUUGGUAAGGAUUCAAGGCUGUUUCUGAAAGUAGCUGCAUACCUCUUGUUAAUUUCUGUUGUUCGUGGCUUCACUGAUUUUCUUACCUUGGCAUACACAAGUAAUUUUUUGAGCAUUAUUUGGUCAAAACAGACUUAGGGUCGGUUUGGAUUAGACUAUUUAAGUUUAUCUACUAGUGUAAGCAUUUGUGAGACUAUCCUGACAUUCUUAUUCCGACUUUACUUAUCGACCGAACUCGAUAUUACCAGGUUUUUUCUUGGUAAAUUAAUUAAUUUAACUGUUAAUUAAGAGCCCGAUUUGUUAUACAAAUUUUCUUCCAUUUAUGUCUAAAGCUUCCAAUCCAAAAAGCAAAAGAAAAAACGACAGAAAAGAGAAAAUAAUAAGAAUAACAUAAAAGGAAAAUGUUAAUAUUAUAAAUAUCAUAAUUAGGGUUUAGUUAGUAUUCGAUUCUGUGAAAUCGAUUCAAUUCAGUUCAAUUGAAAUCGAAUCGAAGCGGCGAUGGAAGGAGCAAACAAUGGAGGUAUGCUGUAUCAUGAGAGACAAGUAUCCAAUCUCUGCGCUCUUCAUUGCAUUAAUACUUUGCUUCAGGGUCCAUAUUUCUCUGAAGUCGAGUUGGCUGCACAUGCUUCUGAUCUUGAUCAAAGGGAAUGGCAAAUGAUGAUGCUCCCCGCUGCCGGUGGUUACGUCUCGCAUAAUGUAUCCCUUGGUGGCAAUUUCAGCAUCCAGGUUAUACAAAAGGCUUUGGAAGUGUGGGACCUACAAGUGAUUCCACUUAAUUCUCCGGUCGCCGAGCCGGCGAAGAUGGAUCCUGACCUGGAAAAUGCCUACAUUUUUCAUCCGCAGGAUCACUGGUAUUCUGUCCGCAAAGUGAAUGGAGAGUGGUAUAACUUUAACAGUUACUGUGCAGCUCCAGAGCGCCUUUCCAAGUCUUGCCUUGCAGUCUACCUCAACUAUUGGAAAGGCCCUGGGCAGAGCAUAUUCGUGGUGAGAGGAAAUUUUCCAACAGUGUUUCCCAUCUCUUCAUCUGAAGAUUCCACUGGUUUUGGGAAGUGGCUUUCACCUGAAGAUGCUGAGAGAAUAAACAAAUCCUUCAAUCCAGAACAGCAGACUCCACAAGGAGUUGUUGAAAGUGAACAACAUUCCAAUCAGUUUCUUUCAGAAGAGAGAAUAAACAACUCCUGCAACUCAGUACAGCAGGCUCCACAAGAAGCAGUUGUUGAAACGCAACAACAUUCGAGUCAGUUUCUUUCAGACGAGGAAGAUGAAAUGUAUUCAGACGACGACGAUGAAGAUCUAAAUGUGGCUUUAGUAGCUAGUCUGAUGGACUCAUCCCCAGUCGUAACCAAUGCUGAAGCUAGUCUACACCCAAGUGACGAAAGAAGCCAAGUCGCGUCUUCUUUUGGUGGUGAUAAAGAGAACACUCCCUGAGAGAAGUUGUAAUUGAGGACUAUAGUCUAUACCAGUUUAGUUUGUUGAAACAUCCAUCAGUAGCUUAAAGUCAUUGUGCUGUGCAAGGAAAACCCUUCAACAUUGUAAGGAAAAACCCUUCAACAUUUUUCUUCUUCUGAUUAUGAUAUUAUCAAGUUUGACAAUGUUUAUUAUGACCAUUUAUCAUUUCUAUCUGAUUGUGAUUGGCUCUAGCUAUAUAGUUUGGGCAAUUUUGUUGGCACUUUGCAGUACCAUUGUUGUUUGUGUGGUAACUUUUAGAAUUUGGAUUGAGUUUAAUUCAAUCCACAAAACUGAUUUGUUAACUACUACUUAGGCCAUAUUACUAUCUCAACACCGCCGGAUGACCCGACCUGAACCAAUUCGUUAAUUAUUGGAUUGGGUUGGUUCGUUUAACAAAAAAAAAA